GUUUAGGGGAUGUGCAACAGCUGAGAGAAGCAGACAUUCACAUUCGGAGGACUACUGUGAAACUUGCACUCGCAGCAAAAGUAAGCUAACAACAGCCUCUGCUUUACUUCAUUAAGGCCCUAAAAACCUUCUGAGUCUUUAUCAUUAUGCUGGCCCUCUGGUCUGUGUCAUUUGUACUAUUGUGCGUAUGGAAAUUCAGUCACGCACAGUAUGAGCACUUGGGUUACCUCCCUGGCUACCAAGACCCCGCACAGGACCUUUAUACUGCUCCAGAGCUUCCUAAAGAUAUACCCAGGAUACAGCUACGUCUGGCAGGAGAGAAACGCAAGCACAAUGAAGGGCGUGUUGAGGUCUUCUAUGACGGGGAGUGGGGGACUGUGUGUGAUGAUGAUUUCACAAUUCACACAGCCCAAGUUGUAUGCAGAGAACUGGGUUAUUCUGAAGCAGUGUCCUGGUCCCCAUCAUCUAAAUAUGGAAAGGGAGAAGGCCGUAUCUGGUUUGACAAUGUCCACUGCACAGGGAAUGAGAAGAGUUUGGCCCAGUGUGAGUCUAAUGGCAUAGGUGUGUCAGAUUGUAAGCAUACUGAAGAUGUCGGGGUGGUUUGCAGCGACAAGAGAAUCCCAGGAUUCAAGUUUGUUAACACCCUUACCAACAACAUCAAUAGUCUAAACAUUCAGGUGGAGGAUGUUCGUAUACGCCCCGUCCUGUCAUCAUAUCGUAAGCGUAUCCCAGUGACGCAGGGCUAUGUGGAGGUGAAAGAUGGAGGCAAGUGGAAGCAGAUUUGUGAUGAUGAGUGGACACACAUGAACAGCAGGGUUAUCUGUGGCAUGUUCGGCUUUCCUGGAGACAAGAGAUACAAUACCCGUGUGUACAAAUUGUUUGCCCGCCGGAGAAAGCCAGUAUACUGGGAUUACUCCAUAAAUUGCACCGGAAAUGAAGCUCACUUGUCUAGCUGUAAACUGGGCCACGCACUCGCCAUCAAAGCCAAUAGCACGUGUGAGCAGGGCACUCCUGUGGUAGUCAGCUGCGUCCCUGGCAGAGCUUUCGCCCCAACUCCCAUGGAAGGAUACAGGAAGGCCUUCAGACAGGGGCAACCCCUGGUGCGCCUCAGAGGUGGCGCUGUAUUUGGAGAGGGGCGUGUGGAGGUGUUGAAAAAUGGAGAAUGGGGCACGAUCUGUGAUGACAACUGGAAUCUCGUAGCAGCUACUGUAGUGUGUCGUGAGCUUGGAUUUGGGAGUGCCAAAGAGGCGCUUUCUGGAGGUCUACUUGGACAAGGAAUGGGCCCUGUACAUAUGAACGAAGUUAAAUGUUCUGGCUUUGAGAAGUCUGUCACUGAGUGCUCCUUCAAUAUGGACAAAGAUUCUGAAGGCUGCAGUCAUGAGGAAGACGCAGGUGUCAGAUGCAAUGUUCCUGCCAUGGGCUUUCAACAGAGGCUGCGUUUGAGUGGAGGUCGUAACCCCUUUGAAGGCCGUGUGGAGGUUCUCAUGGAGCGCAACGGUUCUCUGGUGUGGGGGACUGUGUGUGGUGAGGGCUGGGGCACUAUGGAGGCCAUGGUGGUCUGCAGACAGCUCGGCGUGGGCUUCGCAAGCCAUGCCUUCCAGGAGACCUGGAUCUGGCCCGGGUCAGUGAAUGCAGAUUCAGUGGUAAUGAGUGGGGUGAGGUGUGCAGGAACAGAGAUGUCUCUCUCACACUGUCUGCAUCAUGGAGAAUAUCUCAGCUGCCCUAAAGGUGGAGGACGCUUUGCUGCUGGAGUUUCCUGCUCUGAGACUGCCCCAGAUCUAGUGCUCAACCCCCAGGUGGUGGAGCAGACCACAUACUUAGAGGACCGUCCUAUGUUCAUGUUACAGUGCGCCUAUGAGGAGAACUGCCUGGGCUCCACUUCCAGUUCCACCCCAGCCAACUCCUAUCGCCGGCUCCUCCGGUUCUCCUCCCAGAUCCACAACAAUGGACAAUCUGAUUUCAGACCCAAAGCCUCCAGAGAGACCUGGGUUUGGCAUGACUGCCACAGGCACUAUCAUAGCAUGGAAGUAUUCACCCACUAUGACCUACUUAGCAGCAAUGGCACCAAGGUGGCAGAGGGACACAAAGCAAGCUUUUGUCUGGAGGACUCAGAAUGUGAUGAAGGAAUUGAAAAGAGGUAUGAGUGUGCAAACUUUGGUGAGCAGGGGAUCACAGUGGGCUGCUGGGAUACAUACAGACAUGAUAUUGACUGCCAGUGGGUGGACAUUACAGAUGUUAAACCGGGAGACUACAUAUUCCAGAUCGUAAUUAACCCCAAUUAUGAGGUUGCUGAGUCGGAUUACACCAAUAACAUUGUCAAAUGCAGAUGUCGAUAUGAUGGUCACCGUAUAUGGAUGUAUAAUUGCCAUAUAGGGGGCUCCUUCAGUGCAGAGACAGAAGACACCUUUCCUGGCCUGAUCAACAACCAGGUGACCCAUAGGUAAAAGAGGAGCGCUGAAGAACAAUCAGAAAACUGCGGCCAACCAGUGAGAUCAUCAAGAGCCCUGAACCACUACACCUCUCUCAGCCGUAAUUCCAUGGUACUCUUUCUACUAUGCUCAGUGUCACCACAUAGCCAGCACAGUCCUCUACCGUAUCACAGGACUAAACAUCCCCUUUUUUAAAAUUGAGAACUCCGAUUUGAGAAAGGAACUGACUCUGAAAACAGCUCUUUGGCUGAGAUUUACAGACUGAUAUUCCCUCUCACCGCUGAGCCAGUAGCAAUUCUGAAACCUCAUUCUUUCUCUGUUUGCUGCUGGUGUUGAAGAUGAAACUGUGGUUAACUCUCAAGUGAGCUCACUUCAGACAUGAAAGGAACUCCGGUGCACUUUUUAUUUGAUCUUUUUUAACUUGACAGGAUUUGUGGUUUAGGCGUUUUGAUAAGGUGAGAGGACUUUUCUCAGAUGGGUCUUCUAAAAGAAUAUUAUAUUACACAAAUCUACAGAAAAAUAAAGGCCUGUUUCCUUUUUUAGUGUCAUGCAUUUCAGCUAUAUACUUUGGCUUUUCGAAAACUAAGCUGAUGACUUCUGUUUAUAAAUAUCAUUGGUUAUUAUUUAAGUACUUCCAUGGGUUUGUAGUGGAAACAACCAAUGCAUUAGAAAGAUAUAAAGAGCCUUACAAUAUUUUUUAUCAAUGUCCAAAAGUAUUUUCAGAAAUUAUAUAUUGUUACAUGAUGAAUUGCAGUGUAAGAAAACUUUGAAUAUUCCCAGUAACCCUAAGCCUACCAGUUCAGAUCAGCAGUUCAUAAACACUGGACCUGUGAGAACUCUUAUAUUAGUGUUGUUUU